AUGGGUAGUAUCGGAGAAAUCGGCGGAGCUGAAAUGGUCUUAGAUGUUGAUGAGACGAUCUUCGUCGCGGUGUCGGAGGAGGUGGAGAGGAGCAGAACGACUGUGUUAUGGGCGGCGCGGAACUUCUCCGGGAAGAAGAUUUGCUUGCUUUACGUCCAUCGACCUGUCCGGCCAGCCUCGUGGACGCAAAAGAAACUGGUCGGUGGUACUUUCCGGAAACAUGCGGUCAAGGUGAUUGAGCGUGUUGAUAAACAAAAAGUGGAUGAGAUUAUGGAUUCUUAUCUUCGCCUUUUAUCUCAAGCUGAGGUUCAAACAGAUAAACUUUGCAUUGCGGGGCAAAAUGUCGAGGAAGGUAUCGUAGAACUAAUUGCUCGACACAAUAUUAAGUGGUUCGUAAUGGGAGCUGCAUCAGAUAAACAUUACUCAUGGAAAAUGACGGAUUUAAAGUCCAAGAAAGCCAUAUUCGUUUGCAAAAAAGCUCCUGAUUCCUGCCAUAUUUGGUUUCUCUGUAAAGGUUACCUUAUUUUUACAAGGGCUACCAAUGACGUUAGUAAUAACAGGCAAACAAUGCCUCCCCUAGUACAGCUGGAUUCAGAUACUGAGACAAGGAAAUCUGAAAAAAUGGAAUCCUCUUAUAUGAGGAGAAGAUUAAGAUAUUGGCGUAGCCUCCUUGAACAAGAUGGUGAGAAAGACACAGGUCAAUCGGAGAGAGAAAAGGUGGAACCAAGAGCAACUUCUAAUGUUUCUUCAGGUUCGGGUUCUUCCUUUGGAGAGCCGGUUGGUCCAGAGCCGCCGGCUGGUCCAGAGCCAUCUGGCCCAGAGUCAGCUCGCUUAGAUACUUUAACCACCCCAGAUAUUGAGGAGAAGAAGCGUGAAGGAAAUGUAGCGCGCGAAGUUCAUAGGUAUGAUAAAGCCAUGCAUGAUAUUGGCCAAUCAGAGAGAACUGUCUAUGGAGAAGCUCGGAACGAAUUGAAAGAGGAUGACAGUACCAUGGAGGCUUUAUGCAAGGCAAAGGCUUUGGAGGGCUUAUGCAUUAAGGAGUUGAGUCGAAGAAAGAAACUGGAGGAAUUGCUAGAGAAGGAAAAGGAUGAAGUAAAUAGGGUAAUAGAGCAGAACAAUGGAUUCAUGAAAAAGCUUCAGAUGGUUGAAGGUGAUAAUCUCAAGCUGGAGAGGCAGAUCAGGAGACUGCAAGACUUGGAGAAAGAACAUGGUGAGAAAUUUGAUACGGCUAUGGAGCUUUUGAAAAGCUUCAGGCAGAAAAGGGACGAGAUCCGGAUCGACCAUGAGAACGCGAUGAAGGAAGUAAACGCAUUGAAGAGAUUGAUAAAAGGAAAGACUGUAGAGUCCGGGUCAGAGAUGCUCGAUUAUUCUUUCAUGGAGAUCAACGAAGCCACUAACGAGUUUGAUCCGUCGUGGAAACUUGGAGAUGGCAAAUACGGAAGUGUCUACAAAGGGAGUCUCCAACAUCUUCAAGUAGCUGUAAAGAUGUUGCCCUCUUAUGGCUCCCAGAAUCACUUCGAGUUUGAGCGUCAGGUGGAGAUUUUAAGCAGAGUAAGGCAUCCGAAUCUGGUGACAUUAGUUGGUACUUGUCCAGAGUAUCGGUCCAUCAUUUACCAAUACAUUCCUAGUGGAAGCCUCGAAGACUGUCUUUCAUCAACGAACAACAACGUUCCUGCGCUUUCUUGGGAGUCUCGGAUCAGGAUCGCCUCUGAAAUAUGCUCUGCGCUCUUGUUUCUUCACUCAAACGUUCCUUGCAUCAUUCACGGAAACCUCAAACCGUCCAAGAUCCUCCUUGACUCUAACCUCGUCACCAAGAUCAGCGACUACGGGAUCUCUCAGCUGAUACCGAUCGAUGGAGUCGACAAAUCCGAUCCUCACGUUGAUCCGCAUUACUUUGUCUCCGGUGAGAUGACGCUGGAAUCAGACGUGUACUCGUUUGGAAUGAUUCUUCUUCAGCUUCUCACGAGAAGACCUCUCUCUGGCGUGCUGAGAGACGUCAAGUGCGCGGUUGAGAACGAUAACAUCAGCGCGGUUCUGGAUGAUUCAGCUGGAGAGUGGCCAGUCGCACGUGGCAAGAAGCUAGCUAACAUAGCCAUCCGUUGCUGUAAGAAAAACCCAUUGAACCGACCAGAUCUAGCCAUGGUUCUAAAGUUUAUAGAUCGGAUGAAAGUCCCGGAAGUUCCUUCGUCGGAAACGUCGUCGUACUCUGACCAGAAAGCUCCACGCCGGCCUCCUUCUCAUUACCUCUGCCCUAUUUUCCAGGAAGUGAUGAAAGAUCCUUUGAUAGCGGCAGAUGGGUUCACGUACGAAGCGGAAGCGAUAAGGGAAUGGUUAGCGAAUGGGCACGAUACGUCGCCGAUGACAAACCUGAAGAUGGAAGAUUGCAAUCUCAUACCUAACCACGCUCUUCAUCUUGCUAUCCAAGAUUGGCAAAACCAAUGGUGA